AUGACUACUGCAGAGGUGGAAGGAGAAAUGCGGCAGCGCAAGCUAAAUAAUUCCAUCCUCCACCACCAACACGAGCAGCCAGAGCUCACCACCGCCGACACCCAGGCACCCCCGCCCAACCACAAGGCCCAUCGCGACUGCCGUGACGGCCCUCUGUCGCGCCUUCCUCCAUACCCGCUCCUUGCGCUCGCUGUCCUUGGUGCGCUUGCAGGCCUUGCCCUCUUCUCCCAGGGUCCCGACCUCCUCCGCUUCUUCACCCCACUAUACGACCCCUCGCUCGAUACAACAGCCCCUUGGCGCAGAGAUAUCAGUACAGACCUCGAAGAACGCGCAAAGUGGAAUUCCACAGAUCUCCCGGAGAACUGCUUUGUUGUCCGAAUGGCGUUGAACAACAGUAGCGGGGCUACAAGCCUCGCUCGCGUCUACGCCGAUGUCAACGCGAACAUGCCUCGGUCGUACUGGGACUACGACUCGGUGAACAUCUCCUGGGGCGUGCUCGAGAACUACGAGGUCGUCCGCAAGAUUGGCCGCGGAAAGUACUCGGAGGUCUUUGAGGGCAUCAACGUGGUUAACUACCAGAAAUGCGUCAUCAAGGUCCUCAAGCCCGUCAAGAAGAAGAAGAUAAAGCGUGAGAUCAAGAUCCUGCAGAAUCUGUCGGGUGGCCCCAACAUCGUCUCGCUGUUGGACGUGGUGCGCGACAACCAGGUUAGUGACGGCUCCGACUGGAUUGGCGACUGGGUACUGAGGCCCAACCGCUGCCGCGUGCUCGAGAGAAAGGCUGACCAGCGAUCAACAGAGAGUCUGUACCCCAAGUUCCAGGACUACGACGUGCGAUACUACAUCUUCGAGCUGCUCAAGGCCCUCGACUACUGCCACAGCAAAGGCAUCAUGCACCGUGAUGUCAAGCCUCAUAACGUUAUGAUCGAUCAUGAGAAGCGGAAGUUGCGCCUAAUCGACUGGGGUCUAGCGGAAUUCUACCAUGCAGGAACCGAAUACAACGUUCGUGUCGCGUCACGUUACUUCAAGGGCCCCGAGCUACUAGUCGAUUUCCAAGAGUACGACUACUCGCUUGAUAUGUGGUCGCUGGGUGCCAUGUUCGCCUCAAUGAUCUUCAGGCGGGAACCAUUCUUCCACGGCAACAGCAACUCUGACCAGCUCGUCAAGAUUGCCAAGGUGCUUGGAACAGAGGACCUGUUCGACUAUCUCGACAAGUACGACAUUGAGCUAGAUGCCCAGUACGACGACAUACUUAGUCGGUAUCCCAAGAAGCCGUGGCACUCGUUCAUCAAUGCCGAGAACCAGCGCUUUGUCAGCAACGAUGCGAUUGACUUCCUCGACAAACUGCUGCGAUACGAUCACCAGGACCGACUGACCGCCCAAGAGGCCAUGCAACAUCCUUACUUUGCGCCCGUCCGACAGGCUGCGCAGCAAAACAGCACCGCGGCAUGA